ACUUUUUUGUGCUUAGUUGUUCAUUAGCGUCCUUUGCUCUAUAAGCAUCAUUAACAUGAAAUUCAUUUAUUUUGCUACCCUAUUUUUGCUAGCUGCAUUUACUGCUUCUGCACUUAGCUGCGACUCAUCUACUGUCUCUUUUCAUCUGCUGCCAGGAGAUUAUACUUGUGGACAGAUCUUCUAUGCUUUACUUUCUACAACUGAUACAUGCCCACUGAGUUCUGGGGGUAUCAGCAUAUGUAACGGAUUUGGAACCGAUUGUGUCACAUGUUCCAACAUCACAAACACUACAUGUGGUUUGCUGUUCACAUGUACAGCAAUUGGCUACAAUGGAAUACAGCUAAUCACAGCCACCUAUAGCCUGGGACCUCUGGUAGGCACUAUUGCCACGACAGGCAAUUUCAAAUGCCUUGUAAGCUAUAACCCACCACCAGUUGUCAACACACCUAUUCCUGUGCAACCGGAUCAAUGCCUUGCAAGUAGUGUCUCUAUUAAUGUGAAUGGCAUAGUACUAGCUGGUAGCAUCUUUACAGCGACCCUGUCGACAAAUUCAACCGCUCCAGGAUGCACCCUUUCUUCUGGUGGUGCUCAGCUUUGCAAUGACAUUGGACGUGAUUGCACCCAAUGUAUUACUACAGGGAUUUCUCCAACUCUGACUUACACUUGUCGGGCACCGCCUACUCCACAACAGUUUGUUCUUACUGGAACCUACCUGCUUGGAGACGUUAUAGGAACAAUAGCCACCAACUUCCGUUCUAUCCAACCCUGAUCGUACUACAAAACUGAAUUCUGAUGAAACAUCUGAUUGAAUGUUCUAAACAUUGUGACACAACUUUGGAAUAGCUGAAGAAGGAGUUACGAAUGAUCAUUUUAAAAAAUGUAUCAAUUCUAAUUGGAUAAUUGACUUUUUGUCUUUACAAUGUUAUUAAAAAAUCACCUCUAAUCACA